AUGGGAAUUAUUCUGUUUUAUUUAAUUGGACAACUAUUAUAUUUAAUUAAAAGAAAAUACAACACUUAUAAACACAACAAUAACACAAUGGAAACUAAAUCUUCAAGCUCAUUAGCUAGUUCAAUUUCAAAUUCUGGUCCUAUUUCCAUUUUUGCAUACUGUCUUUCAUCUAUUUUGAUGACAGUUACCAAUAAAUAUGUUUUAUCUGGUUUCAGUUUCAACUUGAACUUCUUUUUAUUGGCUGUUCAAUCUAUUGUCUGUAUUGUCACUAUUGGUUCUUUGAAAUCUUUUGGUGUCAUCACUUAUAGACAAUUUAACAAAGAUGAAGCUAAAAAAUGGUCUCCAAUUGCCUUUUUAUUGGUUGCUAUGAUUUACACUUCUUCUAAAGCUUUACAAUAUUUAAGUAUUCCAGUUUACACCAUCUUUAAGAAUUUAACCAUUAUUUUGAUUGCUUAUGGUGAAGUUAUUUGGUUUGGUGGUCAAGUCACUGCUAUGGCUUUAAGUUCUUUCUUGUUGAUGGUUUUCUCUUCUGUUAUUGCUUACUACGGGGACAAUGCUGCUGCUAAAUCAAGUGAUGACACUUUGGCCAUGUACUUGGGUUACUUUUGGAUGUUUACCAAUUGUUUUGCUUCUGCUUCUUUUGUUUUAAUCAUGAGAAAGAGAAUCAAGUUGACUAACUUCAAAGAUUUCGACACCAUGUACUACAACAACUUGUUAUCCAUUCCAAUUUUGUUAGUUUGUUCAUUUGUUUUCGAAGAUUGGUCUGCUGCCAAUGUUGCUUUGAAUUUCCCAGCUGAUAACAGAGUUACUACCAUUACUGCCAUGAUUUUAAGUGGUGCUUCAUCUGUUGGUAUUUCUUAUUGUUCUGCUUGGUGUGUUAGAGUCACUUCCUCAACUACUUAUUCCAUGGUUGGUGCUUUGAACAAAUUGCCAAUUGCUUUAUCUGGUUUGAUUUUCUUUAAUGCUGCCGUCAACUUUUGGUCUGUUUCUUCUAUUUUUGUUGGUUUUGUUGCUGGUUUAGUUUAUGCUGUUGCCAAACAAAAGCAACAAAAACAAUCCGCUCCUCAAUUACCAUCCACCAAAUAA